AUGCCCGGCGGCUGGGAAAGAAUAAACAAUAAGAAGUCGACUCCGAAUAAAAAUGUCGUUUUUAUCAAGCCCCUGCCAGGUCCCUAUGAGAAAAUCUCACAGGACUAUCUUGAACGGAUUGCAGCUCAAUGUCUACCCAUCAUGAACAAGCAUCACCUCGCAGUUGUGUCCUUUGAGGAGUAUGAGCCUAAUCAUGAGUUCUGGGGAAGGAACUUCAAUAAUGGCGAAUGCAUUCAACUCGUCCUUAGAUCGCCCUCGACUGGCCACUGGCUUCCCUUUAAGUUCGUACAGAUGGUUAUGAUGCAUGAGUUGGCACACAACAAACAAAUGAAUCACUCGAAAGCAUUUUGGGCAGUCCGAAACGAAUUCUCCAACGAGAUGAAAGCUUUGUGGGGCCGUGGAUAUACUGGCGAUGGCCUCUGGGGAAGAGGGGUGCUGUUGGAAAACGGUCUAUUUGAUCGUGAGACACUGGAAGAGGGAGAAAUCCUGCCUGAGCACAUGUGUGGUGGAACCUUCAAAUCCCGAGAUGGCGGGAAGAGGGCAGUCAAGCCGAAGAUCACUCACAAGGAGAGGCAAGAAAAGAGAAUCAAGAAGAAGUUUGGCGUGCAUGGAACUGCACUUGGAGCAGACGACGAGGUCAAGGCAAAGCUGGAGAAAGGCAAGAGGACGACAGCUAAGCCCAGAGUUGCGGGAAGCGCCAGGGGAAGAGAGUUGCGUGCUGCAGCAGCCUUGGCGAGAUUCGAGGUCAAGAAGGAUGUACCAGAGGUUAAGGAUGAAUACUUGGUCACCGAUAGCGAGACUGGGAGUGACGGGGAGGAAGACUUCGUCAUCAAACCCGAACUCGACGAUGCCAUUGAUAUUAAUGGGGAGCGAUUACUGGAUAGCAAGGGACAUGGUAUGGUCAGAGUUUGCGAGGACGAAGAUAAGGACGACAAUGACGCAAAAAAUGAACUGCAAGAGCUCCUGAACAUUCCUAGUCGCUCCCAACAACCCUCUCAUCAACCCCGGUCUCUCAAGAGGAUGGAAACCUCCGAUGUUUUGUCACCAUCUACUCAUGCUGCAUCCUCGAGACCGCCGGAAGCAUUGAAAGGUCCCAUCCAAAAUACACAGCCGCAAAGUCGACCUAAAGCGAAAGAACCUUUGAAAAAUGGGGGAGGUAAAGAAAGCGGUGCUCCGAUUAUUGUUAAGGACGAGGUGACUAAAUCGACAGUGCCACAAUCCUCCAACCCAAAUGGAUCCUGUCCUGUCUGUUCCAUUGUGAACGAAAAACAAGCUCUUACUUGUGUGGUUUGCGCCAAUGUUCUUAAACCGAACUUCGUCCCAGGCUCCUGGCGAUGCAAGAGCUCAACUUGUGAAGUUAGCCAGUACAUCAAUGCUGGAGAUGUUGUUCUAUGUGGCGUAUGUGAAGCACGCAAGAACUUAGGUUAG